AGCCAGAGUUCAACAGAAACUCUUGACAUUGUUGUCAGCCUUCUAUAAAACAAAAGAAAAAUUUUUUUAUUUAGACAUUUAUAAAUUAUAACGCUUUUUCGAGACGCAGGGAAAAGUGAGAAAAAAACUCCGAUCCCAUUGAUAGAAUGGCUGCCACUCGUCGUCUGACCCGGGAGCUCUCCGACCUGGUCGAGGCCAAGAUAAGCACUCUGCGGAACAUCGAGAGCAGCGACGAGUCCCUGCUGUUGUGGACGGGUCUGUUGGUUCCGGAGAAGGCGCCGUACAACAAGGGCGCCUUCCGCAUCGAGAUCAACUUCCCGCCCCAGUAUCCCUUCAUGCCGCCGAAGAUCCUUUUCAAGACGAAGAUCUACCACCCGAAUGUGGACGAGAAGGGCGAGGUGUGCCUGCCGAUCAUCAGUACCGACAACUGGAAGCCCACGACGCGCACGGAGCAGGUCCUCCAGGCCCUGAUAGCCAUUGUCCACGACCCGGAACCGGAGCAUCCGCUCCGCUCUGACCUGGCGGAGGAGUUCGUAAAGGAGCACAAGAAGUUCAUGAAGACCGCUGAGGAGUUCACCAAGAAGAAUGCGGAGAAGCGACCGGAGUGAGGCCAGCCACCAGUUCACUUUAUUUGUAAAUCAAAAUUAAAUAUAUUUUAGGCCACGAA